CGUGGUGUUCACGUUUCUACACGUCUUUGUUGUGAUCCGUAUCGGCUGCUAUGGCAGCUAGCAAACAUUCGACGAUGCCGGUCGUUGCUAGGCCGGGUAACAAAUUUAUAAAGAAAGGUUUGGAUUCCCUUGUAGACCAGUUACAUGAACUCGGGGAGAGGCGAUCAUUGUGGACAUUGUGCUCUAGAAUUUGUUCCAAAAUCUGAAUCAGUGACGUCAUGGGCUUGAAAGAUGGAUUCAUGGGCGCGGAUCUUCUGGUGAAGAUUUCAGCGGUCAUCGUCCUUGUCACUCAAAUCUUCAACUGGAUGGCGUUCUGUACAUCGUCAUGGUACAUUAAUACAGCAGCCAACUCACACUUGGGUCUAUGGAGGUCUUGUAGUAAUGUCUUUGGUGCCGGCUGUGGAAUAACGGACGGAGCAGCUAAUGACGACUUCGCAGCUACCCAGACGUUCGCCAUAUUCGGGUUUAUCGCCCUGAACGUCGGCUGUCUUCUCAUCAUCUUGUACAUGUUCUUCGGCUCGUGUAAGGGCAACAAGGAGGUGGGGAUCUCUUCAGGCGUGGCACUCAUAUUCUCAGCGGUGUCCUGGCUUAUCGCUGUCAUCGUCUUCGCCGCCUACAUCGACGACUGGGUCACUGACCCCAAAUUCGGUUUCUCUUUUGCCCUGGCCAUCGUGGCCCUAAUCCUGGCCCUUGUUGCUGGAAUCUUGAUGCUGGUGGCCAGUCUUAAAGGAGGAUCUGUUGGUGCUAAAUAACGCUUACAUUGAUGCUAGACUUUUGUUUACAUUUUAUACUGACUGUUUUAUUAAUGUUUUACGAUCAAUUGUUUAAAUGUUUAAAUAAUUGUAAUGUUUUGUAAUACUAACAUGUAAAUAUUAUUUAUGCUAUGGUUUUAUAUUUAAUACUAUUAA